UGAGAAACGUGUUGCAGAGUGGUCCACAGCCUCACCAGAGCGAGCAAGAACGUUACAGAAUCUGAAUACUCCUGCAACAUCCGCGGGUCUGUCAUAUCAAUUGGAGUCCAGGGAGAAAGAGGACUUUGCUGUGGGUUUUCUCGUGCCAGGAUAGAGGGGUGUAUUUCACCAUUUUUAAAUAUCCUCUGUGAAUAAUCAAAGAUAACUAUGUCAAAGAAUUUCAAAGGUGGACCAUCCUUCGGACUUUCUGCCGAGGUCAAAAGUAAGUUGGCCCAGAAGUAUGACCCCCAGAAGGAGGAGGAGCUGAGGCUGUGGAUCCAGGACGUAACAGGCAAGAAGAUCGCUGAUCCUUUCAUGGAGAACCUAAAGGAUGGGGUCAUCUUGUGCGAACUUAUCAACACACUUCAGCCAGGAUCUGUGAGAAAGAUUAACACUUCCCCUCAAAACUGGCAUCAGCUGGAAAACAUUGGCAAUUUUGUCCGAGCUAUCACAGUUUAUGGUAUGAAGCCAUACGAUUUGUUUGAGGCCAACGACCUGUUUGAGAAUACCAACUACACCCAGGUCCAGAGCACGCUCAUCACCCUGGCUGGAAUUGCCCAGUCCAAAGGUUUCCACUCCAAGCAUGACAUGGGAGUGAAGUAUGCAACAGCACACCAGCGCCGUUUCGCCCCAGACAUGCUGAAGGAAGGGCGCAAUGUCAUCGGCCUGCAGAUGGGUACCAACAAACUUGCCAGCCAGAAGGGCAUGACAUCUUAUGGCACGCGGCGUCACCUGUAUGACCCGAGGGGGGGAAUGGAGAACCCUCUGGACCAGUCCACCAUCAGCCUCCAGAUGGGCACCAAUAAGGGUGCCAACCAGUCUGGCAUGACGGCCCCUGGCACCAGGAGACACAUCUAUGACAAGAGUCUGGGCUUGGAGGAAUGCGACACCUCCACCGUUUCACUGCAGAUGGGCACCAACAAGAUGGCGUCCCAGCAGGGCAUGACCACAUACGGCCUCCCUCGGCAGGUCUACGACAACAAGUACUGCUCCAACCCUGAUGAAUUCGUCAACAACGGAGAGAGGGCUGAGUUUGACGGUACUAUGUACUAUGACUAAAGAGAACAGAAUAACCCCAGUCCCCUCCUCUCAAGAACCCCUCUCCACCAGCAAGACCACCCAAACUGUUAUUUACUGUUUCCAUUAUUCUCGUCCCUUGCUGUUUUUUUUUGUUGUGAUCAACCAUUCAAAUCAUUUUUGUCCUUUGAGGGGAUUCAUGCCUGGUUCAAUCUCUUUGACCUUGUUAUUUUAAAUCACUUUAAUGUAGUGGCCCACACCCCUCUCUCCCUUUGCAAUGGAGAUUUUUCUAUUCAAAUACGGUGAAAAUAAAUACUAAGAGAUACUAAUAAUGUCAAGAGACCCAUUCCUUAAUCAAUCUUAUUGUAAUGUCAUUUUUUUAUUUUUUUUAUUUUUAUAGUUUAUAAAAAUGUAUAUUUUCAGUUGUAGAUCCCCCAUCCAGCUUAAACAUUGAGAAUAUAGGAAAAAGUUCCUUGAAUGGAAAGAAGUGACCGACAUGUUGCUGUUAACCUUUAACCCCUGAGGAACAGGAGUCCGCUCUGGGAUUCAAUCCCUCGGGGCCCACAGAAUCAGACGGAGUCUUCCAGGACACAGGGACAUGGACUAAAAACUUUGAUCAGAUGUAUUCCUUAUGACUUUGCCUGUGUAUGCACGUCUGCACUGCGCUGACACCCUGCUCUAGCUCACAGGACUGCCAACCAGCCAUUUUAUACCACAGAUGGAUUUUUUUAUCUAGUAUUCUUUAAAUCAUUAGAAGAUCAGUAGUAGGGUUCUCAAACCUGAUACUUGAAUUAAUGUAAGCCCCUAAAGGCAUCGUGAAAAGCCAAUAGAUUUUAAUAUUUUUUGUAUUAUAAGCAGUAUUCACACUUCAUUAGUGAUAAACAAUGCAGAAUCAAUUUUAGCCAUUGUGCCAGCUAUGUUAAUGUGGAUGUCACAUAGGCCAGUUUGCAUGAGACAAGUUAUAAUCCCUCUAUAGUUUCCAUGUCACACAGCUUUAAUAUAUUGCUGCGCUAUUUGCACUUUGCAUCACCUUGUUGAAUAUGUACAUGGAUAGAAUUACUUAUGACUAGAAGGCAGACAAGCCAGGUCGUUGAGAGAUCCAUAACAUCUGCACGCUGUUAUACACGAGAUAACGGUCUAAUUAUUGUCCACUUAGUCAUAGCUCAAUACAGCAGACCCUGUAUCACUAACUACUACAUGAUAUGGGGUACCCACCACAGAUCUUGAAUGUAAUGUGAUUUUGAGCACUGCAAGAUGUGACUGUCAUUCUGUGGAUUCAUUAAUCACCUUGUACCAGCAGUCGCAAAUGAAUAACAUAAGUUUGCAACAUAUUUAUGCUUGGGAUAAUGUAGCCUAGCACAGCUGCUAAUGGUUUAAACAUUAAACUGUGCAUGCUUGACCAAACCUUUGAAAAGCAGGCUUGUUUGCUUGCUAAGAGGUUUGUUCAAGAUCAUGUCUUGCACCUGGAACGUUCCACAGAACACAUCUCUAUGCCUUGCAUGCUCAUGUACAAAGCAUGGAUUGGUUAUGCCUUGUCCACAGACUGCUUACAGUAAGGAAAACAAUGUAAUUUUUAAAGUUGGGUUUACAAUCCAUUUAAGUUAAAUUUGAAAGGUCUUGAUAUCAGUUACUGGGCAGUAUUGUAAUGUUUUUUUAAAUAGGAGGUAUUGGAGAUAAAUCUACAUAAAAUAUUGAGUCCCUCCUGAGGUUCUGACCUCUGGAAUUUAUAGUGAUGAUUUGUCAAACUUUUGAAGGCUUAAUACUUUAAUUAAAGGGAACAUCGUUUGAUGCUGAGCCCGUAAUAAUCUGAAGGCCAUGUUGCAUUUUCCCCCCUACAUUAGUGUGCCAUCUAGUGUUUUGAAAUCCCUUUAACAUUUGGAGAAAAAAACAGACUACAUUCCACAGACUUAAGAUAAAAG